AUAUAUGUGUGUGUAACGUCUUAUAUAUACUUAUACAUAUAUCUUCCAGAAUUUGUGAUUAUUUAUAAAUUAGAGAUAAAAUUGUAAUUGAUCACAAAUGAAUUUAAUAUUCAUCUGAUAGGUUUUGAUUGACAGCUUUUACUUUUUUCAAGGCUCAAUUAAAAAAGUAUUAAUUAGAUAGUUGAGUUCAUUAUAAUGAUUUAAUUAUAUAGAUAGGAUGAAAAUUAAAUUAAUCGCGUUUAUCAGAUUUCAUUUCGAAAUUAAUUUAUUUUCAAUUGUAUUUUGCACUGUAUUUUUAAUUGUUUUUUAAGGAGGCCACUCUAGUAUACUAAAUACUGAAGACUGCAAUUCUACGGAUCAAACUGACAUUCUUGUCAUGGAUAAUCCAAAUCAGAUUUUUGAUCUCUGCUUUAGUCCUGAACCUUGUGCCUUACAAUCUAGUUUCGAUGUUGCAUUCGAUGGAGUAAAUGAUUCAGUAGAUCAAAGUCAGAAAGAAAGAGAAAACAUUUCACCGCUAAAGAAUCCUGAAGAUAAUUCGACGGACGAAGUACUUCUUCAAGAAUAUCCCAGGUUGACAGUUGAUUCGACUGACAAAGAAAAUAAGAGCCCAAACAAUCUUCCGCAGAUCGUAAUGCAAAAUGAAAUGGUCACUGCAGGAUCCUCACAAUUCAAUAUUAAUGAAGAUACGACAACGAACAAAGCAACCAAUGCUAAUACCAAUGUUAAUACCAAUGCUGAAGAUAUCCAAUCUGGUUCAGCAUCUGCUGACGUCAAUGACAAUGAUUGCUUGGACGUUCCUUCGGAUAUCCCAGAUGUUUUUAAAAAGGCUAUAUUUUGGCCCCGCAAGUACAAUUCAGCAACAAAAAAACGUGCUGUAAAAACCAAAAUACCUUCAGUGGCUACUUCAUUGGCCUGGCAAAAAUAUCACCAAGCGAAAGAAAUGGAGAAAUGUCAACGUCAAAUUGCAGUCGAAGAGAGAAAAAGAAAACGGCAAGAAACAGCUGAGAAGAAAAGACAAGAAGCAGAGGAGAAAAAAAGACAAAAAGUGUUGCAACAAGCCGAAAAAGCUGCAAAAAAAAAAAUAGCUCAAGCAAGAAAAAUAAAUGUGAAAAAUAAUGUAACGGUCGCUUGCGCAAAACAAUAUGCACCUUCAUAAUGUGCAUUAUACUUAAUAUUAAUAUUAAUUACUUAAUAUAAAUAAAUUACUUAAUA